AUGAAGGUCGAAUUGCAAUCAGGAUCCUCGGAUUUCGAGGAUUUGGAUGAUGCGAGUAGAUUUCGCCGAUCUUCUCCAUUUGACCCGAGGAAAAGCAUCUGGAAUAAUCAGAACAGGAAUGUAACGCCCGGUGGUCCGUCCAGGUCUUCCAGUGGAAGACAGAGUAGACCGAAUGACGAGGACUUUGAGUUUGUAAUCACAAAAAGUAGAAACGCAAUGAAGGUAAAAAGGAAUAACAUAGAAACGAACGAUAAUUACAGAAGAUUUAACAACGGACCAGGAUCACGAGAACAAGAUAAUGCCAGAUACAGCAGGAGAAGCGACACGCCGUUUGAAAAACCAAGACAAAAUAAUCGUAGAAAUAAAGUGUAUAAACCAGUGCCACACCCAGGACUAGAGAGAAAUAUAGAUUUUAACCCAUUCGACUCCACAUCGGAGGAAAGAACAGAUAGAUACUCGGAAGGUAACGAUGGAUUAUACAGGCCCCCAAGAGGAGAGAGCUUCGAAGAAGCAGAUUUUACAAGGACCAGAGUGGUACAUUCGAGCUACUCGCGAAGGUCGAAGUACACACCGGGAUGCACAGUGAUAUUCACAAAAAUCAAGGGCUUCUUCAAGUCGGUGGGCUUCAAAAUCAAAAGAUGCCUGACGAAAUCGAAAACGUACAUCUCCAGAAUGAUGAGGAACAGGAGACAGAGAAGAAUGGAAAGUAAGUUUACACAAGCACCUCAUUAUGGCACUCUAGGGAAGGCGCGAGAACGUCUACUGUCGAACCAGGAGUACGUGGAAGAGUACACGGCAGGAGAGGAGGACCCGAGCGGCAUGAAUUCUAACAGAUCAAGCGCAUCAGCCCAGUCGCCGACAGUCUACAGGAAGAAGCUGGACGUGCCCUUCAACUCGCAAUCUAACUCGACGUCCAGCUUCGAGGAAAUGGAAACGAAAAAGCCGAAGAAGAAGCCAAAGUUCCCUAAUUUUAAGCCCAAGGACUCGAAAAGGUCCAAGUAUCCUGACCCUAAAAGGUUUAUGCAGCACGUGAAGCUACACUCUUUCCCCGACGGGUAA